AUGGAAAAUUCAAAUAAUUUCGAUACUAUCUGCUCUUAUAAUAAUAGAAAGUAUAAUAAGAAGAUAUUAGUACCAUUUUAUUAUUCUAAUACAGAAAAUACAGAAUUAUGGAAACCUAAACAUAUUUUAAAUAAAUUGACAAGUAUAUCUAAAAAUAAAUACUUUGUAGAUAAUAUAAAACAAGAAUAUAAACUUAAUGUAAAUAUAAUAUUUAUAGUAUCUUUACCUAAUGGGAUUCCUAAAGAAGGACUUUUAAUUGUUGGAAAUAUAAAAGGCCUUGGAAAUAAUAAAAUAUCAAAUGGACAUUAUUUAAUACCCAUUCAUCAUGAUGAAGAUAUUCCUCAUUGUUGGAUAUCUACAAAACGUAUUAAUAUAAGAAAAUGUACUGAAAUAAAACUUUCAAUUUUUCGCUAUAUUAAACAUUACUGGAAAAACCCUAUAGUUAUUGGUGAAUUAGAACCUCAUUCUGUAUAUAAUCUUAAUGAUGAUAUUGAAAAUAAUGCACAUGUUGAAUAUAAAAGGACAAUUGAAAUACCUAAUAAUAAUAAAUAUGAUUGCUAUAUUAUUCAUCUUCAAUAUAAUAAUCCUAAUUAUAUUAAAAUAUCACCAGUAUCAAAUAUAUCUCAUAUAUCUAAAAUAAAAAAAGAAUUAUUUAGAUCUAAAUUUAAAAAUUAUGGAGAUAAUAUUGAUGAAUUAUUAAUAUCUAAUAUUAUUUCAUAUACAGACUUUGAUUGUAACCAAGAUUUUGGUAAUAAAUCUAAUAUUGAUACUUCUAAUGAUUCAUUAGAAAUAUUAAUAAAUGAUAAAAUUGACAAUUAUAAUUUAAAUAAAGAAAAAAGUAAUGAUAUUAUUAAUAGAAAUAAUAUUAAUAAAUAUAUUGAUAUUGAUAAUAAUUCUAAACAUUCAUUAAGUAAUGAGUUGAAUAAUACAAUUGAUGAUAAUGGUAUUUGUAAUUUUAUUAAAGAUAAUUCUACAAUACAAACAAAUUGUCAAUUUAUUAUUAAUUCAAAAAGAAUAGUCAAAGAAAUAUCUUUAAAUAUUGGAGGUAAUUCUAAUAAUUUAGAUAUUAAAAAUACUUUAUUUUUUGAAGACAAAAACUUAUUUAAUAAGAAUAAUAAAUCUAAUUCUAAUAAAAUAUUUACUAAUAAAUUGCAAAAUUUUCCUAAAAAGUGUCAUUUAAAAGAAGAAAAUAUAAUAGAUAUUAAAAUAAAUGAAUUAAUUAAUGAUGGAUCAUCAUUAUUAAAAUAUAAAUUAUUACCUAAAUCAUUAGAUAAUAAAUUGUUCUAUGAAUCUUUUGAAUCAAAUUAUUCUGAGGAAUCUGAUGUGGAGUUUCAAAAACAAACCAUAUUAGAAAGGAUAUAUAGAACAAAACAAAAUGUAAAUAAAUUUCGUUCUGUACAAUUUUAUCCAAAUUAUAUCUCAAAUUUUUGUAAAAGUAUUUCUAAUAAUAUUACAGAAAAAAGUGAUCAUGGUUGGAAAGCGGAUUAUCUUUUAGAAAAUAUAAUAAAUGAAGAGGAAAUCGAAAAUCCCAAUAUAAAAAUAAAUAAUAUAUAUGACAAAAAUACUAUUGAAUUGGAUAGUUUAAAUAUAUAUCCUAGAAAAAGUAUUCAAUCAAUUGAAAUAAUAGAAGAUUUAUUAAUAGAAAAAUCAAAUAAUUUAAAUGAACAUAUAAAUAAUAUAAAUAUAGAAAUUAAUGAAGAAAAAAAACAAAUUAAUAAUAGUGAAUUAAUUAAUUUAAGUAUAAUUAAAACUAAAGCAGUUGAUAUUUUAAAUGAUUAUGAAAAUUUUGAUAAUUCUUAUAUAACUAGAUUAGAAUUAGAUCAAUUUCAAUAUAAUAAAGAUUUAUCAUAUUUAAAUGAUAGUAAUAUAUUUGAUAAAGGAAUAGGAAAGAAUGAUUUAUUAGGUAAUUAUCGAAAUAUUCAAGAAAGUAAUAUACAAGAUAAAAAUGAUAAUAAAGAACUACAAAAUGAAGAUCAUUACAAAGAAUUACAAAGUGAAGAUCAUUGUAAAGAAGUACAAAGUGAAGAUCAUUAUAAAGAAGUACGAAAUGAAGAUUAUUAUAAAGAAGUACGAAAUGAAGAUUAUUAUAAAGAAGUACAAAAUGAAGUCAAAUAUUUAAAUAGUAAUUAUAAUCAAGUUUCAGAUAUGAAUAAUGAUAAUAAUUAUAAUAAUAAAAACUUAAAUAUAAAAUUACUAAAUAAAAAAAGAAUUAAUAAGAAAUCUUAUCUAAUAAAUACCUUAGAUUUUGAAAAAACAAUCCGUCCCUUUGCUAUACCUUUAUGGUCAACAUCUUGGAAUAGUAUAUCAACAUAUAAAUUUUGA